AACCAAUCGAGAUCAGUGACGAUGAACCGCCACGAGGCCAAAAGCGGAAAAGAGAUACUUCAGAAAUUAUUCAAGAAGUCUCCGAGCAGUAUAGGCUACCUAGUCGCCACACGCAACUCAAUGAGGCCUAAAAGACUCCGUUUAUAUGCGGACAACAAUACUCAUAUGGCACAUUCACCAAACAUCCGAUCUGAUAUUAGUCAACCGAUAGUUGAGGAAUUCCCGGUGCCAUCUUCAGGAGUUGACGAUACUGUCGUCCAGUUAGAUGAAUGGUCGAUUCGUCGAGCAGACUCUGUCAUCAUCAAACCGAAAGCGGUACUGAUGUUCAUUCAUUCGCUCACUGCCAAGUCUAAUGUAUUACAGAAGGAAGAACGAGUCGUCGAUUGUAGACAAAGAUUCAAAGCAGGUGAAUCCAACCGUACCAGGUUCAAAAUUGAUUUAUUCCAGGUAUAUGCAGGGCAACCGUCUGGUGCAGUUUUGCUAAGCUGCCUAUAG